AUCCGACCAAAAAUCAAGAUUCAAUGCUGUUUUUCUGGACACCUCUGCUCGCAUUCGAGGUGGAUUGUCUGAUAGCAUCCAAGAUAGACGAUGGAUCACGAAAAUCAAGAUACGAGAUAUUCAGCGAUAAAUAUCACAAAACUGUACGAAGAACUUUCCUUUCUGUGUUAUUAGCGAAAUGUUCGAAGACCUUUGUGUUUUGAAGUGGAGCCGGAAAGUGUGAAAGUUCGGCUCAACUCUUAUGAGUUUCAAAUGACGAUUUAGUAUGCCUUACUGUUAUUCAAGAACUUAUCCCCCUUAAAAAGGACUCUAUCAAGAAAUCACUGCCGAAAAAGAUGUCAUUCCCGUAAGAAGAAAGAAGAAACUUGCUCGGAUAUUUGAGUCCGGCACCGAUAUGCAUGUUCUAUCUUUCACAUCCCUUCGGAGUGGUAUCUCCAUCAUCGGGAAGCGAUGCCUUCAAAAGCCGAACGUUCUCAUCGUAUCCUGGCAGAGAUGAUCAAAUAGUUUCCGGCGACAAUGAUGAUGGUGACGGGAACGACGCGCUAUAUCAAAGACGAAGGCGGAAACAGUUGGGUGAAAAGCCUGUCGUUCUGAAUAGAACCAACGCAAGGAGACGAGAAGAUUGGUCGGGAAACUUGACAGGGUGUAAUCACGACGCCCGAACAACAAGUGGCCUGAGGGAUAGCUCGAGGAUGCGAUCCGGACACCUCAUCCCGUGGCCUAGGGAUACAUGGAGGAGGGAAUUCGUACUGCCACCCCUGAUCCAGUUCCGUGGAAAACAGAAAGACGAAGCAACUGCACCUGAUUUAGAAGUGAUACUUAGAACUAUACGACAGGCUUGGAAUUCGCCAUAUCCUAGAUCAAAUCUACAAAGUCGUUCGUACGAAGAUACCGAUACACCUACGUCUGAGUGGAAUAUCCCCACUACACGAAAUUUUGGAGUAAAAUUCAGACAACAGCAGAAACUAAGUGAUAUCAGCAAAAUGGGCUCAGGAAAUAAUUCAACGCCCGUCAUAUCCGGAUUAUUAAGGAGACGCUACUCCGUCCCGGAAAUCAUAAUGAGAAAACACAGUCUAGCUCAACAGAAAUCUUUUGACGAGAGUUCAGCGGCAACAGCACCAUCUCCUAAUCGUUCUCCGGCACCAGUCUAUCAUAAAUCUUACUCAACAAACACCCCCACUCGAACCUAUCCACUUUCAUCUGGAUCAGAUUCGAAUCUGUCCCUUCGACGUUUCGAUCAUCGUGGCGGUGAGAUGUCCAUGCGCAAAUCAACCCUACUUCGUCGCAUUUGGAGCCGUGAAUUGAAAAGAUAUGAUGACACACGUUCAGGAAGCUGGUCACCACCAAUGCGUCGAUCACAACGUCGCCUUCAUCCUGAACCAGUGGAACAACAUCGUUGCGAGGAAUGUCGCAAGCUUGAAGACGAUCACAGCGAUGAGUCUGAAGAAUUGGUUGUUGGAGCAUCACGUAAACGUCUACGAUUGAUUUCUUCACAUGGAAAGGAGGCCAUCGAUCAGUCAUCCGCCUCAUAUCAUACCUCAUCUGCAAAUUAUACACAAUCGACAUCCGAAAGGACCCAGAUAACAACACCAAAUAAUGGCAGCCUGGAGAGCACACCACUGAAGUCAGCGUCAACAACAACCACUACCUCCUCUUCGAUUCAAAAAUCGAACAAUGUUCAUAUUUACAUGACCCCAAUCAAAUCAGACCAAUCAAAUUCUGAACCGAUCGAUCAGGGUCAAGAUAUGCUUCACGUAGAAAUAGAUGUAGAUAAUAGUGAAACAAAUGGGAACAGUAUUCAGAUGAAUUCGGACGAAAACCAGAACGAACAAGCUUUGGUCGAAAGUCCGCAAACCGUGGUUCCUGGGAAGACCACAACUGUCAGUGGCACCGGGGACUCUCCUCUAGAUAAGUUCAUAUCAAAACUACUCAUUGACAACUUAGCCGAUCUUGCCGACGAGAUCAACGAACAGUUUGAAAACAACAACAACCUCAUGAGAAACACAUCCACCCCGAAAUCUAAACGAGUCUCUGUGGUAUACCUCACUCCUGAGCAUAUGGAAGCGGUCGUUAGCAGAUCCCAGAACUCGACAACCGACAACAUAUCAUCAGACAGUAACAACCUCAUGAUCACCACAGAUUCAUCUAACAAUGAACGAAUCAUCUACUUUCCAAGUUGCUCUUUGGAAUGCAAGGAUGACAUGUCGAGCUUCAAUUCAAACUGUUCAGACAUUGAACUUCAUAACAUAUCUGGAGAAAGUCUAGUCACAGUCAAUGCUGGAAGUGCAUACCUGCAAAACGCACACACAACUACUUUGGUAGUCCCACGAAUGCUGAAUAAAUUCCCCCGAACUGAGUCCUUGGAAGCUGAAUACUCCUUGACCUCAGCCAGAGAAGAAGAGGAGGACAAUGCAAAUGGGAACGAUACAGACGAUAGUGUUAGUCUAGUCGAUAGUUUAGAUGAACCGCAUCCUUCCAGCAACAAUAAUGAAAAUUCGGCAGAAAAGACUGAGGAAAUUACGGAUGAACCCAAGACUGAGCCUAAUAAUCCCGACGAUGAAGAGGCAGAUGAGGAGGAGAAUACCCCUUCAAUGUGCCGAGAACCUGAAGCUUUUUUCAUUCCUAUAGCUGGUUCUGAGUCAGAGAAGGUCCGAUCUGGCAGUGUGAGUGAAGCCAUGCCAGAAAAGUUGAAGGAAAGGAUCAUACAACGGCAACGUGAAUUAGACAAGAAGAAAAUCGAAGAGCAUCGGAAGAAGCAGAAGAAGUUGGAAGAACUAAUAGAUCCUAAGUUAGAAGAGCAAGGCUUUACCGAAAAGUCACCAGUUCGGCUGAAAAAAGAUUCACCAGUUAAAGAAAAGCCUCCGGUUCCAAAGAAAUCGGAGAGCCUUACUAGAAAACUCAAAAGCAAAUCCAACGCUAUACAUCUUCACACAGAAAUCAGUCUCUUGGAGUCCUACACAAUCGACUCAAAGGGCAACAUGCAAAUGAGAGCCCCACAACAGAAGACUGAAUCCACGUCAACUGGCAUCACAAGCACAAGUGGCGCUACUAAGAAGCUAUAUCCUAGUAAGUCGAAGAUUCAGCGAAAGCAAAGCAUGAUUGCGCCAAAGCCACCAGAAAUUGCUCCUUCCAUACAGGACAGAAAACCACUGUCUUCAAGCUCACACAACAAGUCCAGAAGCCAAGCAAAGAGGGACGUCCAAAAGAUGACAAUUUUUCAGGCUCAAUCAGACAUAAUCACGCCUGACUCCGAGAACGGUCCACGCCGUGUAUACCAAAAGACUGAAAUUCAAGACGGAGAGAAACAUAUCGAAAUCUUGGAGAUUGUGGAAUGCAUCGAGAGCUCUCCGGAAAGUUCACCGGAUCGCCAUCAAACUUAUCGAUGUUCAAGUAAAUCCGCCUUAUCACGUCGAUCGAAAAUUCCUAUUCCCGUCUAUAAAAUGGGUAGAUCGUCCGGUUAUCAAAAAGCUAUACGCUGUCCCCUUCUACGUGAAGCCAGUCCAAAUAGUGUGAAAUGCAUCGCCCGAAAUCUCCAGACUAGCUCUUGCAACAAAGUUGAUCGUGUUAUUGCUGAGUUGCUCAUUGACGCACUGAACAGACCUGAAGAGAUCGGUAUAGAAAUCAUCAAGUCCCCGAAAGACCUAUCACGUGAUAAAUCCUCGAAGCGACAAAACAAUCAGCGACGAAACACUCCUCGUAGAUCGGCGAAUAACACAAAAUAUCAACAAGUUUUCGAGGUGAUACCAGAAGAAAAGAGUAGCUUUUCCGUGGACUCUUCCACGGACGAUGCUACCAAGUCGUCGUCCACAAAGGCUCGAACUAGGGACUCGUCUUCGACGCAAAUGAAGACUUCCGAUAGUACGGCUCCAACCAAAGAACUCAAUGAACUUCCAACAGAAUCGUCUUCAAGCACGUCAGCGACCAACCCAAAAUCCUCGACGACCAGCAAUCCAGGACGUCUAGCGGUGGACCAUGCAGAACCGAACGCCUGGAUCGGAUUCUUCAGGCGCCACGACAGCUCCAUGGACGAAGAUGAUUCUCCAUCUCAACCGUACCCCAACUCCACUGCCGCCUCAUCAUGUCAACCAACAAUAUCUUCACCAAGUACGAACACAGCUGCUGCCGGGACUACAACACCUAAAGACAUAUCAUCAGCUGAAUGUCUUAACAGUGCCGAGUCUGAUAAUGUCCUUAAGCUCAUCGACAAAACAUUCCAAAAUUCUACCAAAUCAAAAAUUCAAGCUCCUUCGAAACCUGCAUCAUCAUUAGACUAUGUCGCGGAAACUGCCACUACCGCUGCCACAAUCGCCUCUGGGACCACUUCCACUAUCACAUCUGAAACUUUUUCAAAUACAUGUAAUUCAUGUAAACUCUUGGAAAGGAAAAAUGGAGCUGAAACAUGCAAGAAUAUUGAAAACGCAAAACCAUCUAUAAAAAGCAAAAAACCUCAGAGCAAUGCACUUAGGAAGAGCAACACAGUUUUGAAAAUCGACUUGAAGCAAUCCUCGGAGAGUUCCAGCCAAAGUUCGAUCUCGUCAACAUCCACAACAGCCGAAGCGAGUUCUAGCUCAAAGGGAAGCGAAAAACCCAAAGACAAACUCAGUUCGGAAAAGGCUCAUCCGCCUGAUGUAUGGCGCGUUCAGUCCCCCGACAUAUGUAAAAAGGCAAUCCCGAAACUGAAAGGACGCGAGAACGAGCCAUCAACAUGUGAAACGAUGACUGAAAUCGACACUAAAUCGUUCAUUAUAAUCGAAGAUAGCUGUAACAUGAGUCCUUCAACGCUAAACUACUCAGCAAAUAUCCCAACAAAAGUCAUCCCUACCUCAACGGACUCGAACACCCCUAUCCUAACUAAUAAGUGUACAAUAUGCUGCUUUUGUAAUCCGGAUUUGCACAAAUCCGGUAAAACUACCUCCUCCACACCGUGCCCUUAUUGUAAUCGUAGACGUACACCUCCAAAACGCGAGGAGGAAACUAACACAGAAUCGGAUUAUUUUCUAAGCCACCCUUUCUAUCAAUCCAUGACCAAAUUCGAUCAUACUCACAUCCGGACCCGUUCUAGGGAUUCGGACGUUAUCAGUACAAAAUGCACAAAAGUCAAUGAAAAAAUAAAAAAUUACAACUUCCCCGAAGGGACCGCCAGUCAGCAGGAUUCCACCUCGAAAUCGAGAGUCACAAAAAACCUCUCUCGCCCCAAAAACACUAUCAACAUCCCCAAGCGGGCGGAACCGGGAGCCGUGCAUAAAACCACCCAGGAUACCAUCAAGUCAAAGGACUCGAAAAUGAAAAAUUCUAGUCCGGAUAGGAAAGCAUUUCGCCUGCCCAGUCCUUACGCUAAUCUAUCGUCAACUAGCUUUGAGCGUACAUCGAGUCCUAGCUCGUCGUCGGAUUCCACUUGUCCUACGACGCCUAGCCGCUGUCCCAUCCUGCCAUCGGCACGAAGACACAAUUUCGCGGCGGCUCGAAGUAAUUCCAAGGAGGCGGAGCGACGGAAGGAGAAGCAUCCGGCCGGGAAGGCGACAGCAGUUGGCGGUAAUAACAAUGAAAGUGUUUCGGAUAAUGCAAACAACAAUGGUGGGAGCAACAAUGCGAAAGUGAAUGGGCAGACCAACGGAUGGUCCGUAACAGUUGCCGGCUCCUACAAUCAAGACAUGGCUCCUGACUUAGAAAUGCGUCUAAGUUUCCCCAAACCUGGCGGUAGUGGUGGUCUUCAACAUCAACAACAAUCAAUUACAUCAAAUCAAACCGUACAUCAAAAUGUCUCCGACCGUCGAGAGAUUCAUCAUCACCAACGCGUCACCAACGGGAACAACAUUUACAGCGAGAGCCACUAUCAGGACGAGGACCUUUUGAAUGACAAUUUUACGCGGAGUAACAAUCAUCAUCAAUUCCAAGCGUUACCGCCAGCAGGAAAUCCGAAACGGACGUUGACCAGAAUUGUAUCAGAGCGAACUCAUAGCCAACGUGAUAUCAACUUUCCGGAAGUGAGCCCGUCAUCGAGAAAUCCCAUCGCAUCGCGGCAAAUGGCUAAAAAGGCGAUCAAGCACACGGAAUGUAGUGUAGCGGUGACUUCAGCUACACGAACCAUUUCCAACUUCACCCGCGGACGCAGGACUAUGUCGUAUCAGUCCCUGAACACGGCAGAGUCACUAAGGACCAAUACGAAUAAGAACACCAACAACAAUCGGGAUCGUCAUUUAAUACGUGACAAUUCAUUAGAUUUGGGUAAUUUGUCGUCCGGUCGAAGGAUGUCCCUUGAGAGCCAAACCCCAUCGGCCACAGAGUGUCUGGCAUUGUCCGUCAUGGGCAACGCUAUCGCUCCCGAACAGAAACCGCGCGUACUGACCAUGAGCGAGAAGGAUUUAACGAGACGGCAUCACUCCUGCUUCACCAGGAAUCGUGCAUUUUUUACGUAGAACUUUAUUAGUAGCAAGGAUACAGUUUUGAAUGGUUUAUGUAAAGGUACAUAUUAUAUUUUAUAGUAGUCAUUAGUCACUCGAGUAGGGCCCAUGGUACAACAAUUUGUAAUAGGACACAAGACUCCAUGACGUAGGAUGUCCUACAAAAGACAUUAUGCAGUAAGUAGAAGUCGAGAUCAAUCAUACAAAUGAUGUGAUAUAAUUUGUAAACGUAAUUCAAGUUGAAAUAAAACAUUUUAGUACUUUCGAA